GACAACCCAGGCGGCCUGAGGAGCUUGACCACCAGCUGAGCGCUAGGCUGCGCUGCUGCCUCUGAUGGCUAUGCAGCCAGGUCCAGCACUGAAAGCACCGUCCACCGUGAUCUGUCUCUUCAGCCUGGGCCUGGGCCUGACAGGGCUAACUGGAUCCUUGGGACUUGGAACAAGUGAAAUGUGAGAAGUCUGUUAAUAAAGAUAUCACCGAAGCUUAGAAACAAAAUCAACCAGAGGAAAUUCUGAAAGUAUGGGAUGUAGAAAUUCAAAAAUAUCUUCAUCAAAUACUGUUGUCUUAGGGGUUAUCCAGAUUAUGCUUGGCGUCUAUCAUGUUCUCAUGUGGUAUUUCCUAUUGCUGUUGUAUAUGGGACAAAUUAAAGGCACAUUUGGGACUUAUGAACCUCUGACUUACAAAAUGGGAACGGGUUUGUGGGGACUUACUUUUAUCAUUUCAGGAGCCUUCACAGUAAGAGCAGCAAAGCAUCAAAAUAAUAAAUAUUUGCUCCUCUGCGCCCUGUCCCUGAACAUACUCUGCAUAAUAGUUACGAUCAUUGCAGCCAGCCUGACCGUCGUGGAAUUGGCUCAUUUUCGGUCUGUGUCAUAUAGGAAUUAUGGACAAGCAAAGCUGGGGAGGGAAGUGUCCCGUGUUUUGUUGUUCUCCUACCCCCUGGAAUUCGGGAUCUCCCUCACGUACUCAAUCUGCAGCUGUUCACAUUUGGGACGAGGACAAGAGGAUAGUUUAGAAAGUGUUACUGAAGUCGUGGAGAGCACAUUCUGAAUGCUGGGUACAUAAACAACGUUCCCGACUGCACACACCUGAUGUAUGUGCCCAGGAUAUUUCUAUAUAACAAGGCUGCUGUGCAAUGCAUGCAUUUUGUGCAAAAGGAAAUUCUCCACAGGUUAAACGUUACCCCUUGCUAUUUAAGGAAUGUCUACACACAAAUCUGCUAGGUUCCAGAGGGGAACACUUUUCCUAUGUAAACGAGAGACUAUCACAAGGAAGCGUUUGCUAGCUAGCCACUCUGAAAAGCCAUUAGCUCUCCACAGCAGAUCUUCUGCGGUAGAUCAUAGAAACUGCCUGUAGCCUGUUGAGUGCAGGCUAGGAAAGUUGGAGAAUAGUCUGUAACUCAGAGGAAAACUUGAAUUUCUGUCCCUGCGAGUGAAAAGCACAUUCCACAUUCUGCAUUCUUCUCCUCAAGCUAGCUUCCAUCUCCACAAAGCAAGGAUCCAAAGGUCAUCAAGUCAGUGCCUUUAUUGUCCCAUGGCUUUCCCUGUCCUCAUUAAAG